AACUAGAGGCAUGCAUCUCGUCGCAGUUUUGGCUUAAGAUUAAAACGCCAGUUUUUCUGAUAUAGUUAAGUGUCAGAAAAACUAAAAGCCUACCUUUCUUGCAAAGGGAAUUUAGCAAGACCACGUUGCCAGAAAUGUGCGAAUGUAUCUUAAAAGAAGACCAUUCGCGCGCGCUAAAGUCAUUAGCAACAGGCGUUGUCCAGUUGUACCUCGCACUUCCAAAAGAUCGAACACGAUGGACUCAUAUCGUGACAGGAGUAGCAUGCCUUGUGAAAGAUGGCAACUUAAAGUCGUAUUUCAUCAGAGUUCUGAACCUUAUGAGCCAAGAGAUUCCAUGGGAACAAGAAUUGUAUAAACAGUUCAAAUACAGAGCCGCCACUACGAUGUUCUAUACCUUCAACGCGCAUGAUUGUCGAGCAGGAUUGAAUUUCUGUGAUGAGUUAGAGGCAGCUGCUUUUAAGGCAGCGAUCAAGGAAAGGAUCAAAGAUUUCAAACGAAAAAGACAGGAGGCUCGCCAAAGAAAACUUAUGGCUCAACAACAAAUGCAGUUCCAACAAAUGCAACAGAUGCAGCAAAUGCAGCAAAUGCAACAGAUGCAACAAAUGCAGAAACUGCAUCAAUUGCAACAGAUGCAGUCAAUGGUUGGAGGACCGAUGGGCCGAGGCGUCCAAAUGGUUCGAUACCAGACUCUUCAAGGUCACGGCUCGUUUGCUCAGCCAAGACUUAUGAUGAGACCACAAGGACCCCAGAUGAUGGCCCCUCGCCCUAGGUCACCAAUGCCUAUGCGACCACAGUCUCCUCAGGCACCCAUGCAAAUGCGACGAGGAAUGCCAAGAGGAAUGGGACCAGCUAGACCCGCCUCUCCCCAGCCUCCCACUCAGCCGGUUUGUUCCACUGCGCCUCAGACGAAAAGACCUGUAGAAAACAAUCUACAAAGAAGACCACCGCCCCAGACUCCCACCUACGAUUCUGUUAAUCAAAGACCUGAAAGAGCUGCAUCAACGAAGCCGAUACAGAAGCAAGUAGAAGAACCUAUAUACGAGGCUAUGCCAAAAACUGACCAGGCACGAGAGCGAGAAGAUGUUUCAAAAAGUGAAGUCGCAGCCAAUGCCACUGCAACAGAAUCAGUCGCACAGCAGAAUAUUACUACAACCGAUCCAGAUUUGGACAAGAAAUCAAAGAAAGAAAAGAAAGAAAAGAAAGGUUUCUUUGGAGGCCUUUUCAAGAAAAAUACAAAAGAGUCUGAGGGAAAGUCAAAAGCUAAGGAUGCUAAAAAAAACCCGGAUCCAGUUUCCGCCCAAAGCCAGGCUGCAAGUCCGUCGCAAGAGCCUACUCCUUCGCCACAAUCAGCUCCACCACCCACCAAAGCCCCGGGUGCUCCAACAUCUCCGCCUGCCUCUAUAGCUCCACCCCCUCCACCUGCCCCAUCUGGUUCGUCCCCAAUGGGCCCACCGGGGGUCACAGCUGCGACUCCUACCUUGACACAGGUAGAAGCAUCAUCCUUCCCACCUGGGUCAGAUGUCGGAUCAAUUGCUCCACCACCACCUCCACCGCCACCACCGCCACCGCCACUGCCACCACCCGCGCCCCUUGUUCCUCCUUUGAUGGAAUUCCAAAUCUCUAAUACUAUGGAAAACUUUGUGAGCUCAAUCGGAGCGGGAGGCGAUGAGCCAGCGUCGUUUUUAGACAGUAUACUUGCGGGACCACAGCUUAAAAGGGUUGAUAGAUCAGCUGCCCCUCCGCCAAAACCCAAAGAAGAAUUUACUGGAAUGUUGGGAAACUUAGCUCGUGCAUUAGAUGAAAGGCACAAAGUGAUGCAUUCUUCAGACGAAGAUGAUGAUGAUGAUGAAGACGACGACUAUGACGAUGAUGAUGACGAAGAUUGGUCAGAUUAACUCUUUGCACGUCCCCGUGCCGUAGUCGUACUAAACAUUUUUUAGCCUGAUACAUUGUUUGUACAACAGAAAUGAGUCUCGUAUAAUUAAAGUCAAACCCAAUUCACGGUGAA